AUGCAGCUCUUGACAGCGACGGGACCUCCGUCAAAUUCAGCGGAAGUGCUGAAUAAAUUCCGAGGAAAUCAUCCCGAGAUAAAAUUCCUACGCUUUCAAUGGCAGGACUAUUCAGGCGUUAUCCGGGGGCGCGUCGUCCCGAUGAAUACCGUCAUGGGCCAGAUUGCGAAAGGAGGUCCUCUCAAGGCCACUGGUCUUGCGAUGUGCGUUGCUCUUACUAACAAUCUGAUCCCUUCCACACCUCUUGACGGCCAGUACUGGUUGGUCCCGGACUGGUCAACUCUUCAUCCGACCGCCAGCCCUGGAAGCGCACAGGUGAUGUGCGCCUUGGAUUUCACGGUGCCAGCCACUGGUCCAGUCAGCCGCGAAGUGUGUCCGAGACACGUGCUGAACAAAGUUCUGCUACGGGCCCGUGACAGCUGGGGUUUGACUUUUUUGGUGGGGUUCGAGGUGGAGUUUGUGGUUAUGAAAGCCAACAAAAGCACGGGGAAGAUGGAGCGAUGUAGCGACGGCUGGGGACUUUUCUCUAUCUCCGGCCUGCGAGACCCUUGCUACCAAUACGUGGAAGAAUGCGUCGUUCAACUGGAAGCUCUAGGUGUGGAUUUCCAGGCAAUCCAUACGGAGGGCCAGCGAGGCCAAUAUGAGUUCGCCUUAGGACCAAAGCCACCCCUCGAAGCAGUCGACCAGUUAGUGCUGGUACAGACCUACCUUAAGGACACAUUCGCUCGUCAUGGCUAUAUGGUGACCAUGGUUCCUAAGCCCGUGGCUUCGGAAUCUCUGGCGAGCGGCCAGCACACGCACCUUUCAUUACAGCCUGCAAGCCCCGAUCUCGAAGAAUCGUUCCUCGCUGGCAUUCUCAAACGUCUACCAGCCCUCUGCAGCUUUUGCUUACCACAGGAUGUUUCCUAUGAGCGUCUCGUGCCAUUUGUGGCUGGCGGCAAUACCGCCUGCUGGGGAACAGAAACACGUUUUGCGCCGAUCCGGAAGAUCGAACCUAGCCGGUGGGAAAUCCGAAACAUCGAUGCAAUGGCCAAUAUGUAUUCUACUCUGGCAGCCAUUAUUGGUGCUGGUCUUUGUGGUCUGGUUGACCAGGAACCUCUUUUGUGGCCCGAUCUAGGUGACCCGGCAAAUAAAGACGCCUCCCGAGGGGAACCACUACCCAAGAAUUUGGAGGAAGGACUAGCCUUGCUGGAUAUGGAUGCUUUUGGUCUUGCCGAUAUAAUUGGCCGCCCCAUAAUCGAUCGGUACGUCGAGAUGAAGCGCUUUGAAUUGUCUAAGAUCAAAGUGCUGGAUCCGGAUGUGGUGAGAGAGUUGUUCAUUGAGCUGUUUUAA